GAAAUUUGAUGACGGUAUUAAAACAGUUGAACUUUUAAUCGUAUAGACAAAUAUUAGAGCUGCCAGGACGAAGUGGAUAGAUCUUUAACUCACCAUAUAAAAUGGAGACAAUGAAGCUUCUAGUCGUCUGCGCCAUUUUGUUUCUCCCAUACAUCUUACCUGCAUCAGCUGACGACAGCAGCGAAGAAACAGAGCCAGAGGUAACCCAACAGACGGUGCAGACGACAAUACCACCCGAGAAUCCUGAGUCAGUAGUCACACAACAGACAGAGCCAGCAACACCCCAGCCUGAUAACCCCGCGUCUGUGUCUACUCCUUCUCCAAAGGAAACAGAUUCUGACAUCAACAUAUCACAGAAGGAAUCUGUCGUCUAUCCGUCCAAUACCUCUACAAAUUCAGGAUCCAUGACAGACUCUGGUACCGUGCCUGGACCCCUGGUGGAAUCCACAGAAUUCCAGUCUUCCAAAUCUGAGAUCAAAUCUUCGGGAUCCGAAUCAAUGGCAGAAUCCUCCAAUUCACGGUUCGCCACUUCUGGAUUUAUGAUCGAUUCAUCAGGAUCUCUGUUGGAAUCAUCCGGAGCCUCAUCCUCUGGUUCUGGAUCAAUGGUUGGGACUUCCGGAGCCUCAUCCUCUGGCUCUGGAUCAAUGGUUUGGACUUCCGGAGCCUCAUCCUCUGGCUCUGGAUCAAUGGCUGAGACCUCUGGAGCCUCAUCAUCUGUUCAUGGAUUAAUGGCUGAGACAUCCGGUGAUCUUUCUUCUAGUUCUGGAUCUGUGGUUGACACACCCAUUACCGCUUCGCCUGCUCCUGAACAAAUAGUCGUAACAUCCGGCGCCGCUCCCUCUGGUCACGGAUCAAUAUUGGAGACAUCCGGUGCUGCUUUGUCUAAUCAGGAAUCCAUGACAGGAUCAUCCGGUGCCUCGUUGACAGGUGUCUCGUCCACAGGUUAUGGAUCUUUGCCAGAAUCGUCUGGUGCCUUGUCUGGAUCAAUGGUAGAAUCGAAUGGCGCCUUUUCUUUAGGUUCAGCCGGUGCAUUCAAGAGUUCAUCUCAAUCAUCUCAGAAUACAGAAUCUUUUUCCUCAUCACAUGUUCUGAAAGCAGAACCAGAGAUGUUGGGACCAGGAAUUCUACCUGCAUCGGAAGUAUAUUCCAGUGGAACGCAUGUGAGUCCAGUGGCUGAAAAACCAUCUGCCUCGUUUUCUGCUUCCGAGAUCACAUCUUAUGGUGGCUCUCCCGUUAGUUAUAACGCUAAAUCUUCUGUUAACGUUUUCUCACUUCAUGCGUCAUCUAACACAGGUUCCUCUGCGUCGUCUGCUUACACAGUUGAAUCUUCGCCAAAAACAUCAUCAUCAUCUUCUGCUGGGUCCAAUUCAGUGAUUCCCGAAUCUACCAGUGGAGGUCUUUCAUUUAAUGCGGGUGCUGUAUUUAGUCCAGGCUCACAAGCUUCAUCUGUAGUUUCAAAUUCAGUUGCCUCCGUAACACAAGCUCCAAAGACCACGCCCAUUCCCAUUACUCAAGAACCUCCAAAGAUUACUUCGCCAAACCCUACGACCCCAAACGUACCUUCUACAAAGGUUACUUCUGCAAAGGCAACAUCUCUUAACAAAGCACAGAAACAGGCCAGGUCUCAAGCUGCCAAAACUGUGUCCAGAAUCACCAAAAAAGUGAACAGAAUAAUAAACUUCCAUCGCCAGAGAUUUACGUUUUAUCGAUGUCAGACAUCUUGUUUAGUAGACUCUAUACGGUGUAUGCGCAGUUGCAGAACCAACACUACUUUUAUCUUGUAUAAAGAUAAUUAUUUAGAAUGUGGGAAGAAGUGUAGAGUGAGACAGUAUCAUUGUAAAAAGUUAUGUAAAACUGAACUCAGAAGAGAAAGAAUAGAGCAGAUUCAAAAAUUACGCUCUCCUAGGAUACCCUAGUAAACAAAACAAAGGUCUCCUAGGAUACCCCAGUAAACAAAACAAAGGUCUCCUAGGAUACCCAAGUAAACAAAACAAAGGUCUCCUAGGAUACCCAAGUAAACAAAACAAAGGUCUCCUAGGCAUUGCCAAUCAUAGACAUUGGCUCCCUCAUACAAUGUGUGAGAAAAUAUGGUUGUUUGAAUACAUUUUCAUGUUGUUUUAAAUAGAAAGAGCAAUAUUAUAUGUGAGCAAUGAUAUAAUAAUAUUUAAAGCAGUUGCUCAAACUUGAUAACAAAGGUACAUGUAUUAGUGUUGCUAUUUAUUUAGUGCGUUCGUACCCGAAGACAUUCAAAAUGUAUAUAAAAUUUAUUGCUAUGUUUAUAAAGUUUAUUGUUUGCUUCUUUUUUCAAUAAAAAGUAUUCCUUACAUAAAUUUGAAAUUCGCUUUA